AUGGAUAGAUUCGGUACACUGGUACAAAUUGAUGAGGAUAUGGGAAAGGCAUUACAAGAAGACCCAACUAUAAGCGGUCAAUUUCCUAUAGAAGACAGUGAACGUAUAUUUUUUGAAUAUGCCUGCGAAACUAAUACUCCUUCAAAAGAAACCAGUUUAACUAUGUCAAAAAUCAGCAAUGGAAACUCAAUGCAAUAUGUAAGCAUCAAAAUCACUCCAAAAUGA